AUGAUCACUCGUUUCAACCAGUCAGUUGCGCUGCUUCCAUCGUUGACUCAAGAGGUUGGCGCUCUUGUUGCUCAGCCCGAGAAGUUCAUGCAUGUAUCGGAAGAGAUUAUUGAGCGAUUCAGAAACAUGGGAAGCAGUGGCGCAAAACAACCCAUUACAUCGGCGGAUCUCGAUUCCUGCAUUACUCUGUUGCGCGAAUUCCAAGAGCUCACCAGGGCGCCGAUGGAGCAGGCCGGUGAGACACGGGCCCUAGUCGUCCGAGAUCCGAAGAUCGAAAAGAUACGUGGUGGAGUGAAUGAGGGGAUGUUCUUUGUCGCGACACAAGCAUUGCAGACGAGCAUCAACGACACUAAUGCUCUUGACCUUAGGAACGUUCAAGCCUUUAAGAUGAUAAUGAAACCUGCACAAAUUCUGAUAGAGCAGUCAAACGUUGGCAUGUUGGAGGAUGCGGUUGCUCGAGGCGAGGACCUGGAUUCGUUUGUGGAUUCCAGUCUGGAUCCUGCCCAGUUCAUCAAUGGAGGCCGCGCAUACAGAGGCAUUGAUGACGUCGACAGGAACCCUUUGGAGACUCAAGGACGGGGUAAACGCUUCGCUGGUCAGCCUUGA